AUGACGCCCACACAAAUAUCCGGCCAGACCAUGGCGCCCACACAAAUAUCCGGCCACACCAUGACGCCCACACAAAUAUCCGGCCACACCAUGACGCCCACACAAAUAUCCGGCCAGAUCAUGACGCCCACACAAAUAUCCGGCCACACCAUGACGCCCACACAAAUAUCCGGCCAGACCAUGGCGCCCACACAAAUAUCCGGCCACACCAUGACGCCCACACUAAUAUCCGGCCACACCAUGACGCCCACACAAAUAUCCGGCCAGAUCAUGACGCCCACACAAAUAUCCGGCCACACCAUGACGCCCACACAAAUAUCCGGCCAGAUCAUGACGCCCACACAAAUAUCCGGCCACACCAUGACGCCCACGCAAAUAUCCGGCCAGACCAUGGCGCCCACACAAAUAUCCGGCCACACCAUGAUGCCCACACAAAUAUCCGGCCACACCAUGACGCCCACACAAAUAUCCGGCCACACCAUGACGCCCACACAAAUAUCCGGCCAGAUCAUGACGCCCACACAAAUAUCCGGCCACACCAUGGCGCCCACACAAAUAUCCGGCCAGAUCAUGACGCCCACACAAAUAUCCGGCCACACGCGGGACAGUCAUCUACACAUUAACCGGCGGUGCCCGGGUCUCUCAACGGUAGUUAGUUGCUCAAGCAGCAUGUUCCUUCACUGA